AUGAAAAGAAACCAAUUGUCUAACUUUACCAACGUAAUAGACGACGACGACGACGACGAAAUAACUGACUCGCAACCUCUUUCAUUACCCUCAUCAAACAAUGUAGAAGUUACAAGUAUAGACUCACAGGACGGAACAGCUAUUAACUUAAAUAGCCCUAAAAGACCCAAGCGAGGUACGGGGCAAAAGGGACACCUUCGAAGUAUUGAGGAGAUUGAUGAAAAAUAUCGAGAAGUUUUUAAAUAUCCUUAUUUUAAUUUUGUGCAGUCUAGAAUUAUUGACGAUGCUUUAUAUACAGAUAAGUCAUUGAUGAUUUGCGCUCCAACGGGAUCAGGUAAAACUCUUUUGUUUGAAAUGGCCAUAGUUCAAUUACUAAUGGAAAUUGAAGAGAAGAAAAUUAAUCAGGAUUUUAAAAUAAUUUAUAUGGCUCCAGUAAAGUCCCUAUGUACGGAACGAUUAACGGAAUGGUAUCCAAAGUUUACGAAGCUUGGAUUAUUGUGUAUCGAAGUUACUGGUGAUACAGAUGUUGACUUUCCACAAUUGAAGCCUUAUAGAAUAAUAAUAACGACUCCGGAAAAAUGGGAUAUGCUAACGCGUCGUUGGAAGGACCAUACAAAUUUAGUUGAAGUUAUAAAACUAUUUCUCAUUGACGAAGUACAUAUCCUUAAUGAUGAAGUUCGAGGACCCGUUCUCGAAGCCGUCGUUAGUCGAAUGAAAACAAUUGAAUCUUCAGCUAAAGCAGCUCAUCGUAUAGAGAAACUGCAGAAGCAGUACAAUAAUAUAGUAGAUACUGUAGAAUCACCAGCUCCUAAAAUACGUUUUAUAGCCGUAUCAGCUACUGUCAGUAACCCUGAAGAUGUCGCUACUUGGCUCGGCACCCCGGAACAACCGGCUGUAUUUUACAAAUUUGGUGACGAAUGUCGACCAGUGAAGUUGAACCUAGUGGUCGAAGGAUACCCUUGCGCCGAAGGCUCAAGCAUAUUCAAGUUCGAUAUUAUUCUUAAUUAUAAACUAUGGCCAAUCAUACAAAAAUUUCACAAUGGAAAACCCACUUUGAUAUUCUGCAACACCCGCAAGAGCGUAGCGCUGACCGCUGAAACACUAUCCCGUGAGAUCACGGUCGGAUUCACUAACGAACAGAGGGCAAGGCUUGCGGCUCUAGCUUCUACUAUUAAGACUAAAAAAAUACAAUCACUUAUUUUAUCCGGAGUUGGCUGUCAUCAUGCGGGACUUUUGUAUGAGGAGAGGGUCAAUAUAGAAAAUGCAUUUAGAAAUAAGGAUUUGCCAAUUCUCAUUACGACAACUACUUUAGCAAUGGGAGUCAAUCUACCAGCUCACUUGGUGAUCAUAAAAAAUACACAACAAUACAUGAAUGGAGCAUAUCAGGAGUACAGUAUAAGCACAAUUCUCCAAAUGGUCGGUCGAGCUGGAAGACCGCAGUUUGAUACCGAGGCCACUGCUGUUAUCAUGACGAGAAUGGCUGAUAAAAUAAUAUGUGGAGCGUCAUCGCAUUUUAUAUGA